AUGGGAUAUGGGAAUCAACUGUCUCUGCUUCUGUGGAAAAACUUUACAUUGAGAUGGCGCCAGAAGUGUCGCCUGCUAGUGGAAGUGGUAUCUCCUCUCAUCUUAGUCUUUGUACUUGUGGGAGUACGCACACGACCUGACCUCAAGUGGAACCACCCGGAAUGUCACUUUGAUGGAAAGUCCUUGCCAAGUGUGGGUAUUGUGCCUUUUCUCCAGUCCUUUUUCUGUACCUUCAACAACACCUGUUAUGAGACAGUCACACCAAAUGAAAUGCCAGGAAACACUGCUGACUACAAGGAUUCUUUAAUGACAAAGCUGGUUGAAGAUGUCACAGACGUCCUCAACAAUAACAUGGACAGGAAGCUGAUCAUGGACCUAAUUGGAACGUGGGACAUCAUUAGUUCUCUGUCUGCCAAGAUCCUCAACGGUUCAACCAAAGGCCAUGUCAAAGUGUUGAGCCUUUUUAAAAAUCCCAGAGAACUUGUUCAGGAAAUUGUGAACAAUAGCAUUACACUGACAGAAAUGUCCUUAGUCAACCUACUGAAUGCUUCUAUAGACUUUACUCAGUUUAAUCGUCCCCACCUGAGUGAUGUUUUACAGGACUUUGAAGUUUGUCCCAGGAUUGGUAGGACUGUUGGGGCUAAGAAGUCUGCAGCGGAAGUCCGUGACUUUGUGUGUUCUUCAGAUUCCAUGUUAGAGUCAUUUAAGUUCAAGACCAUGGCUGCACGGCGAACAGUCCAGGCUGAGCUUUGUCGCAUACCUGAAGCACACCUUGUCAAGUUGUAUGAACUUUUUAAAAACAAAUACAGCAUUCAACAUUUCAUCUUUCAGGUUUUGAGGUUUGUCUUUUUAAAUACUGGAAAAAUACCAAAUGUCACUAAAAUCUAUGGGAAGUUGAAAGAGCUGUUCAAUGAUGUGAAAGAUCUUGACUCUACAGAUGCAGCCACAUUUGAAAAGCCAAUUAAAGACUUGAUAGCCUUUUUUUCAAAAACAGGCAAACCUAGUCCCGAAGUUAUCGUGGAACAGUUAGGGAAAUUUGUUUGCGGGAGAAAUUCUUUCAUGCAAAUGCAGUCUUCUAAGUCCUUGGAUAUUUUAGAUCGAUUUAACUCCUUCAAACGGCCGGACAUCAAGGAUGACAAAAACAAAGGAAAGAAUGACUAUGGACCUAAUUCACCUGUGUGUAUGGAGUUGGUGGAGUUGAUGAAUGCCAAUGUGAACACACAAAUUCUUUGGAAAAAUCUACGGCCUGUUGUCCUGGGAAAGAUUCCAUAUGCACCGGACACUCCUGCUGUCAGAGAAAUCAUCAAGGGGGCGAACCAGACAUUUGAAGACCUGGCUAAGAUGGUGAAGCUAGCAGAAGACUGGGAGGAUUAUGCUUUGUACCUGGAGACAUAUCUGAAAACCAGUCCCACCAUGGAUAUGAUCAGGGCAUUUUCUACGUCUUGUUUGUGUGAUCUGUUGGAGAGUAAGACAAUGAAUCUUAUCAAGUCAAAGGCAAGUUCUGAACAAAGUACAUCCAAAAGCGUCUGCCAGUUCCUACAGACCUACUUCAGCAAGGAUCCCAAGGCAGACGGCAAUUUUGACUGGGAGAAAACUCUCCAUUACACUAAGAUAUUUGCGCGGGUGGUGGCUGAAUAUGGCAAGUGUUUUCAGUUCAACAAGUUUGUUGGCUACUCGUCAGAGGAAGAGCUCAUUGAGAACAGCCUUGACAUGAUUGAGGCUGACAAUUUCUGGGGAGCCCUUGUCUUUGAUGUGGAGCCAGGUGCUGUCCAGCUCCCUUCUCAUCUUUCUUACAAGAUCAGGAUGGACACCACCAAAGUGGACGACACCAAACGUGUCACUGACAAGUAUUGGCGUCCUGGCCCAAGAAGACGUGCAGGAACGGAGACAAAAUAUCUGACGUAUGGCUUCGCCUACCUACAGGACAUGGUAGACCAUGCUAUCAUUAAGUUACAGACUGGACGUGAAGAUGACACAGGCGUUAUCCUCCAACAGUUCCCCUACCCCUGCUACACUGAGGACUCGUUUAUGGAAGUGAUCUCCAAGACAUUGCCACUUUUCCUUAUCCUGGCCUGGGUUUUCCCUGUGGCGUUACUGUGUAAGAACAUUGUGUAUGAGAAGGAAAAGCGCCUGAAGGAAAUGAUGAAGAUCAUGGGACUUGGGAACGGCGUCCAUUGGAUGGCCUGGUUCAUCAAUGCCUUCGCCUCUAUGUUCGUCACAGUCUGUUUGCUGGUUGUCAUUUGUAAGUACGGAAAGAUCAUACAGCAGUCAGACCCUUUCAUACUGUUAGUGUUCUUCACCUCCUUCUGUGUCGCUACAAUCAGCAUGGUGUUUAUGAUCAGCGUGUUUUUCUCCCAGGCCAAUCUGGCUGCCUGCUCAGCUGGCUUCAUCUAUUUCCUCAUGUAUCAGCCAUACAGCUUUGCCAAACGCUGGGAAGAUGUCCUCAGUGGAUUGCAUAAGAUGGGCGUGUGUUUUUCGUCAAAUGUGGCAUUUGGGUUUGGCUGUACCUACAUUGCACGGUAUGAAGAACAGAACAUUGGGAUACAGUGGAGUAAUAUUGCCCAGAGCCCCCUAGUGGAUGAUGAGUUCAGCAUGCUUUACUGCAUCCUCAUGCUGUGGUUGGAUUCAUUGAUAUAUGGACUUAUCACUUGGUACAUAGAGGCUGUCUUUCCAGGGCAGUAUGGGAUUCCACGGCCAUUUUAUUUCUUUUUCCUGAAGUCUUAUUGGUGUGGUACUGUAAAGAAAACGGCCAAAGGUGAAACUGAGGAAGGGGAAGUCAAUCCAUAUGAAGCUGAAGUGGUAACUGGAACCAACAUGGAGGAGGAACCUGUAAGCCGUCCUCUUGGAGUUUCCAUCAGAAAUCUCAGGAAAGUAUAUGGCAAAAAGGUGGCUGUUGAUGGACUCAACAUUAACUUUUAUGAAGGCCAGAUUACAUCUUUUCUUGGUCACAACGGUGCUGGUAAAACCACUACAAUGUCGAUUCUGACAGGAUUGUUCCCUCCCAGUAAGGGUACAGCCUACGUCUACGGACAGGACAUCACUACCCAGAUGGAGGACAUUCGCUCUAGUCUGGGACUCUGUCCUCAGUACAACGCCCUCUUCCCUUAUUUGACCUUAAAGGAACAUUUGUGGUUUUAUGCACGAUUGAAGGGACUAACCAACGACCAGGCCAAAGCUGAAACUAAACAGUUAAUACAAGACAUCAAACUAGCCCACAAGAAACAUGCUGUUCCCAAAAUGCUUUCAGGUGGUAUGAAGCGAAAGCUGUCUGUUGCCAUAGCAUUUGUUGGAAAUGCUAAAACAGUAAUCCUUGACGAGCCAACAGCUGGGGUGGAUCCUUAUUCCAGACGGUCUAUCUGGGAACUUCUCCUCAAGUUCAAAGAAAACCGUACAAUUUUGCUGUCCACUCACCACAUGGAUGAAGCUGAUGUCCUUGGAGACAGAAUAGCUAUCAUAUCACAGGGCAAGCUCUGCUGCUGUGGCUCCAGUCUCUUUCUCAAGUCACACUAUGGCAACGGUUACUACAUGACACUGGUACGAGAAGGUGCUGAAGAAGUAGACGAAGACAAUGAUGAGUAUGAGAUGAUAUAUGAAAAUGUUCUGCCGAUAUUGAAGCCCAAGCGGAGAGAGGCUCGUUUAGAUGUGGACGAAGGAUUUGCUGAAAGGUCAAAUGACAAUGACAUCUCUUUUCUGAUGCCAACUCCUCCACCUGAUGGAGACCUUAAGCCAGCAUUUUCUGAGAAGCGGUUGACAGCCUUUAUAAAAAAGUUUGUGAUCGAGGCAAAGCUUGUGGAAAGCAACAAAUCUGAGCUGACGUAUCAGUUACCAGACUAUGGCACCCAGACAGGCGAGUUUGUAUUUAUGUUUGAGGAACUAGAACGCUGUCAUAAGGAGAUGGGGAUUUCUAGCUUCGGAAUCUCUGACACAAGUCUGGAAGAGGUGUUCCUGAAAGUAGCAGAAACUGUUAAUGAGAAAGACAAGGAGAUAAUUAAAAGUCCGACUGAUGAGGUCAAAAGGAAGAGGUUAGAGGAAGUUUCUGAUGGUGGUCGAGUUCCCAGACCAGUCACUCAAAUGAGCUUCCGUAGAAACAAGCGCCAGUCUUUCUUGAGAGUGACCCCAAGGCAACAAUUACAGGAAAUACAGGAACAGCAAGCUCAGGAACAGAUAGAGGACACUGGAGAAGCCAGGGAGGAGGUGGUAUAUCUGGAACCUAUGACAGUCAUUAAACGAGAGGUCGGAUUUAACCACAAAGAGCAGGUAAAACUGGAGGGAAAACACCUACUAUGGCACCAAUUCCUUGCUAUCUUUAUCAGGAGAUUCCAUCAUUUCAAACGCAGCAAGAAAGGAUUUGUUUGUGAGCUUGUGAUGCCAGCCUUCUUCGUGCUGCUAGCCAUGGUGUUUGCUGAGAUUGAUCCCCCUCUCACUGACUCCCCGCCCUUGGAACUCCAUCCAUGGAAACUCCUACCUCCCAGAGGAAAUUCACAUCUUAAUAUGUUUUACAGUAAUGAUGCUAGAGGAACCAAAUUUACUGAAGAGUCUGUGAAUAUAUUGUUGUCCAAAUAUGGAGUGGGGAACCGAUGCCUUAAUCCAGAUGUCUACACAAUAGAUGGUUUUCCUUGUGAAGAGUCGAAUACUGAAUCUAAAUGGACAGAGGCAGAAAACUGGGACGAAGCAGACAACAUUGACUGUUCCUGUUCUACAGGUGUCCAGCAGUGUCCAGCAGGAGCUGGUGGACCAGUGCCAAGGAAACGUCUACUACCCACAUCAGACUUCCUGUACGAUUUGACAGACAGAAACAUCACUGAUUGGCUGGUGAAGACUGUGCAGAGUUACCGUAAACGCAGGUAUGGUGGUCUGUCAUUUGGAAUGAAGUCCAAGUGGGCCCAGUUUAACACCGACCAUAUCAAACAGAUCUUCAACACAUUACGAGAGGCCAGCACAGAGUCCAACAGGAGCUUUCAGAAUGUCCUUGGUGGUAUCAACUCUAUCAUGGGUCGUGUGGCAGUACACAACAUAUCUAAGGUGUGGUAUAACAACAAGGGAUGGCCAGCAGUGGUUAUCUACAUGAAUGUGAUGAACAACAUUAUUCUGAGAAGCAAGCUGCAGUCCCACCAGGACCCUGACAAAUAUGGUAUCUCAACUAUAAAUCACCCCAUGAAUCUUACCAUGAAACAGUCACGUGAUGGAGCCUCGGCUACUAGUAAGACUGACAUUAUCAUCUCCACUUGUGUCAUCUUUGCAAUGUCCUUUGUACCAGCAAGCUUUGUCAUGAUCCUGAUUGAGGAGCGAGUGUCGGACUCAAAACAUCUCCAGUUUGUGAGUGGUAUCCACCCCUCCAUUUACUGGCUUGGAAACUUCACCUGGGACAUGUUAAAUUACCUUGUGUCAGCCUCUUUGAGUAUAUGUAUAUUUGUGGCAUUUCAACGCGAGGCAUAUGUUGGAAAAACAAACUUCCCAGCACUUUUACUUCUUUUAGUAUUGUAUGGUUGGGCCAUGAUUCCUGUGAUGUAUCCAUUUUCCCGCCUGUUCCGAGUGUCCAGCACUGCCAUGGUGACGCUCAAGUCUGUAAAUAUCUUCCUUGGUACCACCUCGACCCUGGCCACCUUUAUCCUGGAGUUCCUGGCUGAUGAUGACCCCACACUUGGAGAAGUGAAUGACAUCCUGAAACAGGUGUUGCUUGUCCUCCCCCAGUUCUGUCUCGGCCAGGGCCUACUUGAACUCUCUCGGUCACAAGUAUACACCACUGCAUUCAAAAAGUUUGAUCUAGAUGGUAUUGUAACUCCCCUAGUGUGGGGACAGGUUGGCAGAAACCUCUUCUCGAUGUUUCUGUGUGGGCUUGUCUUUUUCCUGCUUAACCUUCUCAUAGAACAUAACUUCUUUAUUCGUAAAAAGGUUGGUGCCACUCCCGAGGAGGAAGUGGAAGAUGAAGAUGAAGAUGUGGCACGAGAGAGGAUGCGUGUUCUAUCAGAAGAUGGAGCUGAUGACAUUAUCAGGAUUGACAAUCUUACCAAGGUAUAUAAGGUGCCAGGCGGAAAGGGACGCCAUGUUGCUGUAGACAGACUUUGCCUCGGUGUGCCAAAAGGACAGUGCUUUGGACUGUUGGGCGUUAAUGGAGCAGGCAAGACGACAACAUUCAAAAUGUUGACAGGCUACCUGAAUAUGACACAUGGGAAUGCUUACAUCAAUGGAUUUAGUAUUUUGACAGCAGUAAAGGAGGUUCGACGCAGCAUUGGGUACUGCCCCCAAUUUGAUGCAUUUGAUCCACUGAUGACUGCUAGGGAAGUGCUCUGUUUCUUUGCCAGGAUUAAGGGUAUCCCAUCCUCUGAUAUCAAAGAUGUGGUAGACUGGGCCAUUACAAAGUUAGGACUGACACAGUAUGCUGACAAACCUGCCGGAACUUACUCAGGAGGAAAUCGUCGCAAACUCUCCACAGCCAUAGCUCUUAUAGGCAAUCCUUCUGUGAUAUUUCUGGAUGAACCAACAGCUGGCAUGGACCCAGUAGCCCGACGAUUUCUGUGGAAUUGUAUCAACAAUAUUGUCAAAGAUGGUCGCUCUGUCAUCCUUACUUCACACAGUAUGGAGGAAUGUGAAGCACUGUGUAACAGACUGGCCAUAAUGGUGAAUGGACGAUUCAGGGGAAUUGGUAGUAUACAGCAUCUUAAAACCAGGUUUGGAGAUGGAUAUAUUGUGAUAGUACGGAUAGCAGGAGACCAUCCUGACCUGGACAUUGUGGACGCCUUUAUCCAGGAAACUUUUCCGUCCGCCUACCUUCGGGAGAGGCAUCACAACAUGCUUCAGUACCAACUAGGAUCUGACGUGCCGUUGUCUCACAUCUUCUCGGAAAUAGAGGCUGUCAGGGAGGGUUUCAAUAUAGAGGACUACUCAGUCUCCCAGACCACACUGGACCAGGUUUUCAUAAACUUUGCUAAAAUGCAGACUGAUUCUUUGGACAAUGACACAACUACUGUAGAAUCGGAGAACACUACAGAUGGACAACUGCAGGACAAUGCAAGUCUUGGAACAAGUAUGACAACUGUGAACACAGAGCGAAGGACAAGUACAUCCACACUAGGUGGUGCUGGUAGUACUGAGAGGGUGGGCGAUGGUUACUCCACCAUAGGAGCUGUACCACCAAGGGAGAGAACCAAUAGUGAGGGCUACUCCACUAUAAGGGAGAUCAGUCCAGUUAAGUAUGCAGCACCUGCUCCGCGUCUCAAACGUAAACCAAGGGUCCUGGAAUCUCACAAUGAUAGCAAUGGGCAAGUUGGAUUUCAUAUAUAGAUUGUGUAUUACCACAAGAAUCUCAACAGGAAACAUGUUGUGUGUUAAAGGCUAAGAACUACAGUGAGACACAACAAGUCUCUUCUACAUGUGAACAAUGAAUGACCAGAAAAUGUUCAGUGACAGCCUGAUGGGU